AGUACGCCGCCUCCUCACAACCGGUUCGCCCGUGCAUGAUAGGACGAGUAGCCGCGCAGACCUCAGCUCUCGUCGGGAGACGCGCCCUCGUUCAACCUUGAGCGACUAUAACCGGCGCGUAACGUUCGAUGUACGGAGGCAUCGGUACGUGUCGCGAGGAAUCAUCAUCGCUGCUGAUCGCAACGAGCCGACCGCCGCGAGUCGAUCGCGAGCCCGCACCCGCACCCGCGCUCUCCUCGUUCCUCUGUUUACUUCCUCCUCGGCAGCGGCGCUUACUCCUCGACGCGUAAUAUCCUCGACGACCAAAUGGCGAAGAAGACGUACGAUCUGCUGUUCAAGCUACUGCUCAUCGGUGACUCCGGCGUCGGCAAGACGUGCAUACUGUUCCGCUUCUCGGACGAUGCCUUCUCCACUACGUUCAUUUCCACAAUAGGUAUUGAUUUUAAAAUCAAGACAGUGGAAUUAAGAGGAAAGAAAAUCAAAUUACAAAUAUGGGACACAGCAGGGCAAGAAAGAUUCCACACUAUUACAACGUCGUAUUACAGAGGAGCUAUGGGAAUUAUGCUUGUUUACGACAUUACUAAUGAAAAAACAUUUGAGAAUAUUGUGAAAUGGUUAAGAAACAUUGAUGAACAUGCAAAUGAAGACGUGGAGAAGAUGAUAUUAGGAAAUAAGAGCGAUAUGGAAGAAAAACGUGUCGUCAGCACUGAGAAAGGAGAAGCGAUAGCGAGAGAACAUGGCAUUAGAUUUAUGGAGACAUCUGCAAAAGCAAAUAUUAAUAUUGAUCGAGCAUUUAGUGAACUAGCGGAGGCAAUAUUGGACAAGACGCACGGCAAGGAACCCCAGGAUGCGGCCGAUAGAGUAACGGUUAAUAUUCCAAGAGAAAGAAAUUCGAAUCGGUGCUGCUAAUUUUAUACAUUAUUUAUUUUAAUGGUGCAUGUGAUGAACUAUAUAUCAGCUCGUGCCACACUUGGGAUAGAGUUCUCGAUAGAUUUAGAGCAUAAUUUAAAGCAUAAUAACAUAUUUAAACAUUUCACAACACUGCCUGAUCAGGUAUAAUCCAAUCUCACUUUUGCUCUGGUAAAAACACAUUUUUUUAUGCUGCAAUCAAAAUAGAUAUUGCUAAAAAAAAAUGAUUACUCAUCUGAUCCAAUAUAUUUGAAAGUUGUGUUUUGUGUAAUUACAUUUACACAAGUGUUAGUAAGUUUAAAAAAACACAUAUUCUUUCAUAUAUUGUAGAAUUCUAUAAUAUACUAUAUAUAUUAUAGAAAUAUCUAUAAUAUAUAAACAAACCUGAAAUUUCAUUAGAUUACAUGGUUACGAAAAAUUUGCAUAAACACACAAGUUUUUUAGUAAUGGAUCUUCAUGUUUCACGUGAAAUGCCAUUGCAUUGUUGCACGAACAAAGAGAACUAGGACAUAUUGUUUGUUAUGAGGCUGCAAUUUGUUACCAUGUUGAGUGAUGUGAGUAUGAAUGUCAGCUUUGAUCUUGAUCAAUCUUUUUGGACAUUAAAAGCUUUCCUCUGUGGAUAAUUGCACCAGACACGUGCUUAUUUGUAUAUUAAGUUAAGAUAAGAAAGUUUUAAACCAAAAGCUUUUACCGUUUUGUGUACGGCCGAUUUACUAUAAAUAUAAAUAUCCGCAAUUUUGAAAUCACCUGUUAUUAUUUCCUAAAAACGUUUAUAUAUGUAUAUCGUAUAUAAAAUCUUUAAAUGUAAAAACACUUGCAUCAAAUCCUUUUAGAAAGAAAAGGAUAAAAAUUACAAGUAAGUAAAUGUCAGCUAUAUGUAACGCUUUAUAGCAAAAACACAAAAGAUUAUAACAAUUUAAAUUAUAGAUUUCUUUUUUAUAUGGAUUAUUUAUAAAAUUAAACAAUCAACUAAUUAUUUCUUCUGCAUUGUGUUGGAUGAUAUUCUAAGCAGAAUUGUCAUAUAUUGUUACGUAUGUAACAUUACACAAGACAUAAAAUUUUAUCUUGUCAUGCAUACCAAUAUUAACAUAUUUAUCAGAAACGAAUGUAAUACACAUUUGAAAUUGAAAGAGACUAGAAAUAUUGGAGAAUAGUUAUAAGUAUAGUUUUAUUAUUUAAAUAUGGACAAAAAAUAAACAAUCGCAAUUUCCUGAAUAUACAUAUAUGUAUAUAUAUAGGCAACCACAGAUACAAACUUUUUUCAGGGUUACCUCUGAAAUUACAGUCAGAUUAAAGUAAUACUACAACUAAUGUUGGAUGUUUUAAUCACACUAAUAUACAUAUAUUAUAUUAAUUAGGUUUGCUUUUAAUUAUAUGUGUAUAUUUAUCGAUCACAUUAAAGAAUUCAUCCAAGUUUUUUAAAGAAAUAAAUAAGAGGGAGGUAUAUAAAUUUCAUGAUCGCUUUUACAAUAAAUGAUUCUGAAGAUAAUUACUAAUUACUAAACAAUAUAAUACAGUAAAGAAAUAAAACUGUUUCUUUUAAUGAUAAUAAUGACAUAUCCUAAUACUAUCUUAAUAGAGCAAUUAUGAGAAUUUAUAUUUGGUUUUAUACCUAAGAUGGAAACACUUUGUUGUAUUAUGAGAGAACUUAGAACUAGACAAGAGGCUUUAAAAUUUAAGCGUGCUGUUUGUACACAUUAAUCUUCGAAAAUUUGUAAAAGCUAUCUGUUCAUAGAAAUUAAAGUCUUGCCAAUAUUAAACUUCUUUACAUUUCUUUAUUUGCUCGCCUACAGUGUACUCUUGGAACGAUAACUGCAAAGAGUCAGGGCAGGACGGCGAUAAGUAAAAGCUGGCUGUGUAUUUUGUAGUAGUUAUAACACAACAAGUUGAAAUAGAAAUAGAAUUGACAGCAAUUAG